CAUCGUAUCAAAAAGACCGUGUCCUCACUGCAGUAAGCAUCCAGUGGAUAGUGUUCAAUAAUUUUUGGACUUAGUGUUUUUUCUUUACUUGGGAGAAAUAUAUUUGGAAUAUACAUGCAGUCUUCGAGCUCAAAAGAGAAAUGCGCUGCUAAUCUGGAAAAGACUGCUAGAUGUUGAGCUCUCUGUUUUCUGUAUGAGGGACACAACCACACAGAUGGAGUCGAGGGUUCCCCACCACAUCCCUGGAGUGUCUUCCUCCAUUAUAUCCCAGCCAUUGCGUAUGGUUCCGUAUGGAAGGCUACAGCACCCGCUCACCAUCUUCCCAAUCGACCAGAUGAAGUCCUCUCAUGUGGAAAAUGACUAUAUUGACAGUCCCGCUGUGGUCUCCCAGCAACCCCUCAACCAGAAGGCUGUCAACAGGGGGCCCCACGAGGCACUGCUAGGGGCCCCCCACCUCCCCCAACUGGCGCGCUGCAACCCUCACAACGCCACCACACACCCCUGGAUAACCUUCAGCGGGCGGCCCAGCUCCAUCAGCAGCAGCAGCAGCACCUCGUCAGAGCAGAGGCUGCUGGACCACGCAGCCCCCACCCCUGUGGUGGACCACAACUCCACGGUAGUCACCACCAGGACCCCCUGCUGCGGGCCCAAGGUGCUCACCUCAAAGCCCCUGGAUCUAAAAACUGCUGCCCUGGGGGCUGCAACGGUUGACAAGAAGCACAUGCUGCUGUGUGAGAUUUGUGGGAAGUGCCGCUGUACGGAGUGCACCCUGCCCCGGACCCUGCCCUCGUGCUGGGUGUGUAACCAGGAGUGCCUGUGCUCAGUGCAGAGCCUGGUGGACUCAGCCACCUGCAUGUGCCUGGUCAAGGCCAUUUUCUACCACUGCACAGAGGACGAGGAUGAUGAGGGAUCUUGCGCCGACCGCCCGUGCUCCUGCCACCAGUCUAACUGCUGUGCGCGCUGGUCCUUCAUGGCAGCCAUGUCCCUGGUCCUGCCCUGUCUGGUGUGCUACCUGCCCACCAUGGGCUGUGUCAAACUGUCGCAGAAGUGCUAUGACAAAACCAGCCGUCCGGGCUGCCGCUGCAAGAACUUCCAGCAGGCCUGUAAGAGCAUGGAGGCCAAGGCUGCAGACCAGGAGAAACAGGCCUCAUGAUAGUCAUUGGCUGUUGCCUUAUCAAUACCCUCUGGAUAGGACAAUCCCACCAACCCCUACCCACUGGAUGACUUCCAGAAAACCAUGGUACUUACAAAAGGGUUUACACUUGUCCUUCUUGGUUCGAGUGAUGUUAUUCCACACAAGUCAGAAUAGGUCUGUCAGCUCAAUUGGUUGUCCUAGACAACUGCUUGCCUCAGAACCCAUCUUUAUAAGUACAACAGACUGGCAGAUUUUGUUUCUAAAAUGGCUGAAGGCACAAUUCAUUAUCCCUCUAUACUGCUCUGAAUUUCCAGCUUCAUCAUAGCUAGCUACUCUAUGACACAUUGGACCCCAGUUGUUGUUCUCCAAAAAAAAACACACAAACAAGAAGCCUGCUCCAAAGCAGUUUCCCUCUGUUUAUGCAAACUGUUGAUUUCCUUUUGGGUAGUAAAGGAUACUUCAACUGAAACAGCCACCCACUCUCCCCCAUAUAUGAAAUGUUUCAUUCCCAUACAAGCCUUCCUGUUGCUAGCUUGAUGUUGAGCUCGUUAUGUCAAGGUGGAAAAGUGAGAGGUAAAGUCGUGUGUCUUUGCCCGUCUGAUAUGUAAGGUCAUACCACAACUGAGAGAAAAAUAGUGUUUAGGAUUGCCUGACUUGAUCACUUUCCAUUUCUUUGAGGGGAUUUUUUAAACCUAGCUUUUACCAAUCACUUCAGAAUAAUUGCACGUCAUGCCCUGCAUGAUGUGACGUAGUGGUUAACCCCAGUGCUCGACGUGGAUGUGUUGUAGAAAAACCUCCUCAGGGAUCGUUCCUCAUCAGUAGAAUUUGAUCUAGCAUGUAAAAACUGCCAUUAGCCUAGUUGACUUCACUUUGCACAAUAGGCAAAGAACAGUUUCAAAAGGGCAAAAGGGCAAUUGUGAAUUAUUUAGGAAGAGUAAGUUAAGAGAGGAAAUGGAGGGAAAAUACAGUCUUAGAAAAAAAGGUGCUAUCCAGAACCUAAACGUUUUUUUUGGCUGUCCCCAAAGGAGAACCCUUUGAAGAACCCUUUUUGGUUCAAGGUAGAAACAUUUUGGAUUCCAUGUAGGACCCUUUCCACAGUGGGUUCUACAUGGAACCAAAGGGUUUUAUGUGGAACCAAAAGGGUUCUCCCUGGGACCAAAAAUAGUUAUCUUAUGGGGAUAGCUGAAAAAACGUUUUGAAAAUUUUCUGGAGUGUAGCGUUUUCAGAAAGAGGUCAAGUGAAGCUGUAGCAUAUCUAGCCAGCCUUAGUUAAAUCAAACCUGCCACUUGAACAACCUUUUUAGAUGACGCAAACCCCUUAUGAUGUACUGAAGCACAGUAUUAAGUAUCAAUGCUUAAUGUAUUUUACAUUACCCUGUGAACUACUUUGAGUCCACAUUGUAUCAAAUCAAAUUUUAUUGGUCGCAUACACAUAUCUAGCAGAUGUUAUUGCGGGUUUAGCAAAAUGCUUGUGUUCCCAGCUCCAACAGUGCAGCAAUAGCUAACAAUACACACAAAUCUAAAAGUAAAAUAAUGGAAUUAAGAAAAUCUCAUAAUUUUUGCUGCAGUGUUGAGUUUUUCGUCUGUUAGAAAUAUUAUUUAUCUUUAUUUUCUCAAUCUAUUUUUGCGGCUUGCAUGGAGUACCAAUGACUUUGCCAAAGGAGUUUAGUAUAGCUUGUUUAGCUGUCUUAGGGAUCAUAUUUGUUAUGCACUCGCCAAAUUGUCAGAGGGCAAUUGCUCUUAAAGGUGCUGUGUCCUUUUUUAUGCUUCAGUUUGGCAUAAAGGGAUGCCAUCGUUGCAUAAUCUACACAUUUCUGUCACGUCGGUUCUGAGGUCCCCCACUAACAUUAGGGCCCGUCUCUUUUACAUUUUUGUACUUGUCUUGUUGCACAAAGCAGAAAACAUACAUGAAAAAAACACUGUUCUUAGUCUUGAAUGUAUAAGGCAAUAUUAUUUUCAAAUGUUUGCAAUUCAAUCCAAGGGAAGGUGCCAAAAUGGGGAAUUAUGUUCUGACUGACAAAGCCGGGGAAUAUUUGUUGAUGUGGUGACAAUAUAUUAUAGAAAUAGACCUAUGUUAUAGAAAUAGACCUAUUUUAUAGAAAUAGACCUAUGUUAUAGAAAUAGACCUAUUUUAUAGAAAUAGACCUAUGCAGGUGAUAUGUUGUUGUAAAUAGUUUUAAAUGUCCUUGAAAAACUGCAUGGUACAUUAUAACUACAAUACAAAACAUAGAUAGAUAUAUAGAUAUAUAUUUUGAGGGUAAAGAUUUGAGGUUGAGGGGAAGAGGGAGGGGGGAAGACAGGUCUUAUUAUCAUAAGCACUUGAUUUAGAAAAGUGUGCCCCGCAGUAAAAAAUACCUCUGUUUAUGCUAUUCAUGCCUCUUUAGCGGAUAGAGGCGAAGCUAAUUCCCAGUUCUUCAGUGCCCCUGCAACUGUGGAAUCAAUCAUUGAAUCCACUGAAGGAAUACAAUUUUGGCCUAUCCGGAUCAACCCAUUUCCCCCUGUUUGUACUUACAGUGUCACAACUUUUUUUCCCUCCCCAAUUUGGCCGACAAAUACCCUGGCCUUGAUUAACAAAUACCCUGGCCUUGAUUAACAAAUACCCUGGCCUUGAUUAACAAAUACCCUGGCCUUGAUUAACAAAUACCCUGGCCUUGAUUAACAAAUACCCUGGCCUUGAUUAACAAAUACCCUGGCCUUGAUUAACAAAUACCCUGGCCUUAAUUAACAAGUACCCUGGCCUUGAUUAAGAAAUACCCUGGCCUUGAUUAACAAAUACCCUGGCCUUAAUUAACAAAUACCCUGGCCUUGAUUAACAAAUACCCUGGCCUUGAUUAACAAAUACCCUGGCCUUGAUUAACAAAUACCCUGGCCUUGAUUAACAAAUACCCUGGCCUUAAUUAACAAAUACCCUGGCCUUGAUUAACAAAUACCCUGGCCUUGAUUAACAAAUACCCUGGCCUUGAUUAACAAAUACCCUGGCCUUGAUUAACAAAUACCCUGGCCUUGAUUAACAAAUACCCUGGCCUUGAUUAACAAAUACCCUGGCCUUAAUUAACAAAUACCCUGGCCUUGAUUAACAAAUACCCUGGCCUUGAUUAACAAAUACCCUGGCCUUGAUUAACAAAUACCCUGGCCUUGAUUAACAAAUACCCUGGCCUUGAUUAACAAAUACCCUGGCCUUGAUUAACAAAUACCCUGGCCUUGAUUAACAAAUACCCUGGCCUUGAUUAACAAAUACCCUGGCCUUGAUUAACAAAUACCCUGGCCUUAAUUAACAAAUACCCUGGCCUUGAUUAACAAAUACCCUGGCCUUGAUUAACAAAUACCCUGGCCUUGAUUAACAAAUACCCUGGCCUUAAUUAACAAAUACCCUGGCCUUAAUUAACAAAUACCCUGGCCUUAAUUAACAAAUACCCUGGCCUUGAUUAACAAAUACCCUGGCCUUAAUUAACAAAUACCCUGGCCUUGAUUAACAAAUACCCUGGCCUUGAUUAACAAAUACCCUGGCCUUAAUUAACAAAUACCCUGGCCUUGAUUAACAAAUACCCUGGCCUUGAUUAACAAAUACCCUGGCCUUGAUUGACAAAUACCCUGGCCUUGAUUGACAAAUACCCUGGCCUUGAUUAACAAAUACCCUGGCCUUGAUUAACAAAUACCCUGGCCUUGAUUGACAAAUACCCUGGCCUUGAUUAACAAAUACCCUGGCCUUGAUUGACAAAUACCCUGGCCUUGAUUGACAAAUACCCUGGCCUUGAUUGACAAAUACCCUGGCCUUGAUUGACAAAUACCCUGGCCUUGAUUGACAAAUACUCUGGUCUUGAUUGACAAAUACCCUGGCCUUGAUUGACAAAUACCCUGGCCUCGAUUGACAAAUACCCUGGCCUUGAUUGACAAAUACCCUGGCCUUGAUUGACAAAUACCCUGGCCUUGAUUGACAAAUACCCUGGUCUUGAUUGACAAAUACCCUGGCCUUGAUUGACAAAUACCCUGGCCUUGAUUGACAAAUACCCUGGCCUUGAUUGACAAAUACCCUGGCCUUGAUUGACAAAUACCCUGGCCUUGAUUGACAAAUACCCUGGCCUUAAUUAACAAAUACCCUGGCCUUGAUUGACAAAUACCCUGGCCUUGAUUGACAAAUACCCUGGCCUUGAAUGACAAAUACCCUGGCCUUGAUUGACAAAUACCCGGGCAUUAAUUGACAAAUACCCUGGCCUUGAUUGACAAAUACCCUGGCCUUAAUUAACAAAUACCCUGGCCUUAAUUAACAAAUACCCUGGCCUUGAUUAACAAAUACCCCGGCCUUGAUUAACAAAUACCCCGGCCUUGAUUAACAAAUACCCUGGCCUUGAUUUACAAAUACCCUGGCCUUGAUUAACAAAUACCCUGGCCUUAAUUAACAAAUACCCUGGCCUUGAUUAACAAAUACCCCGGCCUUGAUUAACAAAUACCCCGGCCUUGAUUAACAAAUACCCUGGCCUUGAUUUACAAAUACCCUGGCCUUGAUUUACAAAUACCCCGGCCUUGAUUAACAAAUACCCCGGCCUUGAUUUACAAAUACCCCGGCCUUGAUUAACAAAUACCCCGGCCUUGAUUAACAAAUACCCCGGCCUUGAUUAACAAAUACCCCGGCCUUGAUUAACAAAUACCCUGGCCUUGAUUUACAAAUACCCUGGCCUUGAUUUACAAAUACCCUGGCCUUGAUUUACAAAUACCCUGGUCUUGAUUUACAAAUACAGCUGCUGUCCAUAAACGUGUCAAAAGCACCAUGAGGAAAAGAGAACUGUAAAGCUAUGUUCCAUUCCAUCUCGUUUAAUAGUGGAUCUCUUUUGCUUCUCUGCCCUUUUCAUCUCUCUCACACUGUUGCUUGGGUAAAAUCCUUAGCCCCAAACUACAUUGUUUGGUGGCCUGUUAAGGUAUUGAAUAAUCACCAACCAUGACAACUCAAUAAUGAAGCCUUUUAUUUUGGUAGAAUGCUGUGACUUAAACUCCAUUUUGUGGUACACUUGUGGCCACUAGAAUUAUCUUCAACUCAAUCAAAAUAACCUUCAAAACUGCUGGCUCCUGCUAUUCAAUGUCUUUGCCUUUGCAAUGUCAAUGUUGCGGAAAAAUUAGCUCUGUGCUUUUGUUUUGUUUAACUAUAACAAAAUGAACAAAUCUCCCAUAUAAAAGUUUCCCUUUAUAGAUAUAUUUAUUUUGAAGUUCUAUUUUAUAUAGUAUUUAUUUAGAUGCCAACCUGUGUUUGUGAAGAAAGCUCAUGUCGAAAUGGAAUGUACAUUGACAUUGGAAAUAUAUAUUGUUAAA